UAGGUGGCAUUAGCAGAGACAGUGUGGGAGGGAAGGGCCAAGGCUCACUGAGACUGAGCAUGCACAUCACCGCCAUGGACCGCCUGUUGUGGGGUACCUGUGUUCUCUGCUUGCUGAACCUCUUGGAAGUGGCCCUGGGUCACCUCCAUCCGGAAUGUGACGUCAUCACUCAGCUGAGAGAGGAUGAACUUGCAUGCCUUCAGGUGGUAGAGGGGACCAACAACACCUCCCUGGGCUGCCCUGGGACCUGGGAUGGGCUGCUGUGUUGGCCCCCGACAGGUUCUGGCCAGUGGGUGACCCUCCCUUGCCCUGACUUCUUCUCUCACUUCAGCUCAGAGCCAGGGGAUGUGAAGAGAGACUGUACUAAUGCCGGCUGGUCUGAUCCCUUCCCGCCAUACUCCGUGGCCUGCCCUGUGCCCUUGGAGCUGCUAACUGAGGAGAAAUCUUACUUCUCUACGGUGAAGAUCAUCUACACCACAGGCCACAGCAUCUCCAUUGUAGCCCUCUGUAUGGCUAUUGCCAUCCUGGUUGCUCUCAGAAGGCUCCACUGUCCCCGGAACUACAUCCACAUGCAGUUGUUUGUCACUUUCAUCCUCAAGGCCAGUGCUGUGUUCCUGAAGGAUGCUGCCCUUUUCCAGGGUGAUGGCACGGACCACUGCGGCUUGUCCACUAUCCUGUGUAAGGUCUCCGUGGCCGUCUCUCAUUUUGCCACCAUGACCAACUUCAGCUGGCUGCUGGCAGAAGCUGUCUACCUGAGCUGCUUGUUGGCCUCCACAUCCCCCAGGUGCAAACCAGCUUUCUGGUGGCUGGUUUUUGCUGGCUGGGGGCUCCCUGUGCUAUGCACUGGUACGUGGGUGGGCUGCAAACUGGCUUUCGAGGACACUGCGUGCUGGGACCUAGACGACAGCUCCCCCUACUGGUGGAUCAUCAAAGGGCCCAUAGUCCUCUCUGUUGGGGUGAACUUUGGGUUGUUUCUCAAUAUAAUUUGCAUCCUGCUGAGGAAGCUAGAGCCUGCACAGGGAGGCCUCCACACACGGGCUCAGUACUGGCGGCUUUCCAAGUCAACACUUCUCCUUAUCCCGCUGUUUGGAAUUCAUUACAUCAUCUUCAACUUCCUGCCUGACAGUGCUGGCCUGGGCAUCCGCCUACCCUUGGAGCUGGGACUGGGCUCCUUCCAGGGCUUCAUUGUUGCUGUUCUCUAUUGCUUCCUCAACCAAGAGGUGAGGACGGAGAUUUCACGCAAAUGGUAUGGCCAUGACCCUGAACUUCUGCCAGCUCGUCGGACCUGCACUGAGUGGACCACACCGCCCCGAUCGAGAAUGAAGGUGCUGACCUCGGAGUGCUAGGCCAGCCAUCACCAGGAGCUGAGCUCCAAUCCCUGUCCUCAAACUACCAUGCCGCUGAGUUCUCUGCAUCUGCUUUCUCUAGGUUCGACUUUCUCAGUUCCUGUCUCUGCCCCCAUCCAUUCUUUUCUUCCAUCUAGGACUAUUGCCCAAGCCCCAGAGAAACCAAUAAACUAGUACAUGAAUGAUCCGUGGUUGAGUCAAUGUGGCUCCGAAGGGCAGCUCUUGUAGCAGCUAUUACUGUACUUCCGGGGCAUUCCUCAACCCUUGGCUCCAGCUGCCUUAUCGCCAUUUGUCUCUGUGAGAAUUCUCAUGUUUUAUUUAUUUUUUAAAAGCACUCUCUCUCUUUUGUCCUAACCCCUACUCCCAUCCCCCUCCCCCUACAGGCAAAGAU